UCCUGCUGCGGCUGCUGAUUGAGGGACCGGAGCGGCUCGUCGCGCGAGUCGUCUUCCACCUCGUCCCUCCCCUUCCCUCUCCCCGCCGCUGCCGUCGCCAUCCUCCAUUUCUUUCUCCGCAACCGUUCGCUUCUUUCCUCGUCCUCGUCGUCGUUCCACCGUCGAGCCGUCAGGGAGCUCAGGCUGACUACAUGGCUCUUCUUCCCCUUCCUGUUAUCCUCAGAGCAACCCUGUGAGAUUUCUUUUCUAAUUAAAAUGUCUAAUGGUUAUGAAGAUCACAUGGCUGAAGACUGCAGGGAUGAUAUUGGCAGGACAAAUCUGAUUGUAAACUACCUUCCUCAGAACAUGACCCAGGAUGAGCUGCGCAGCCUUUUCAGUAGCAUUGGAGAAGUUGAAUCUGCCAAGCUUAUUCGCGACAAAGUGGCAGGACACAGUUUGGGAUAUGGCUUUGUGAACUAUGUGACUGCUAAAGAUGCCGAAAGAGCAAUAAACACGCUGAAUGGCUUGAGACUUCAGUCCAAAACCAUCAAGGUGUCGUAUGCCCGCCCAAGCUCUGAGGUGAUUAAAGAUGCCAACUUGUACAUUAGUGGGCUGCCGCGGACAAUGACACAGAAAGAUGUUGAAGAUAUGUUUUCACGGUUUGGACGUAUUAUCAACUCACGUGUACUGGUUGAUCAAACUACAGGUUUGUCCCGAGGGGUUGCCUUUAUCCGGUUUGAUAAAAGGUCAGAAGCUGAAGAGGCCAUUUCAAACUUCAAUGGGCACAAGCCUCCAGGAUCCUCUGAGCCAAUCACAGUGAAGUUUGCUGCCAACCCCAAUCAAAACAAAAAUGUGGCGUUGCUGUCACAGCUGUACCACUCACCAGCUAGACGGUUUGGGGGGCCUGUUCAUCACCAGGCACAGAGAUUCAGGUUCUCUCCUAUGGGUGUAGAUCACAUGAGUGGGCUUUCUGGUGUAAAUGUCCCAGGAAACUCCUCUUCGGGCUGGUGUAUCUUCAUCUACAACCUCGGCCAAGAUGCCGAUGAGGGAAUCCUCUGGCAGAUGUUUGGCCCCUUUGGUGCGGUGACUAAUGUGAAAGUCAUACGCGACUUCAACACCAACAAGUGUAAAGGCUUUGGCUUUGUGACAAUGACAAACUAUGAAGAAGCCGCGAUGGCCAUAGCGAGUCUUAACGGCUACCGGCUGGGGGACAAAAUCUUGCAGGUUUCCUUCAAAACCAACAAGUCCCACAAAUAACUUCGCUUGUGGCUUUUUUUUUUUUUUGUAUGGAAUAGAUAAUUGAGUGACGGAAAAGUUUGAAAUCUUUUUUGUUUGUUUCGGUUAGUGUACAACUCAUUUUUUGCGCCAAUUUUCACAAAGUUGUUUGUCUUUAGUCUAAAAUGAGAAGUGGAAAGGGGUUUUAUAUUCUGGGAUGCCACCAACAUGUUCAAAUGUUUUGGGGUUUUGGUUGUUGUUGUUUUUUUUUUUUUUAAGUUCUGCGAUGUUCUUAGUUUUCUAUUUUCCUUCAUGAUCAGUCCUUGAGCACCAAAAUCUAAAUUAAUGAUAUCGACCUCUUUGGGCUGGCAGUGAAAUUAUCAGGCAUACUGUCCCUUAAGAGACCACUGUUGAUUUUACUGACUGGAUUUUGCCAAGACUGGGACUUCAUUCAAGCUUUAGAAUAGCAUACUCCUGGUAAUCUGGGACACAAAGCUUGGAAACUGAAGUUUUAGUUAGGAAAUUUUGCUUUUUUAUUAGUUGCACUUAAUUUGUAGAGAAGGAAGGUCUGGUGAAUGAGAAUAUGCCAGCAUUUUGUAAUAUCAUUGACCAAAUUAGCUGAUUGAUAGACAAAAUGACAAACAGAAAAAAAUCCUCUUUUUUCCUUCAAAAGCCCAGUUUCUAAUACGAAAGGACCAAAGAGUUUCAGAGAGACUCUGGGGAUAUUUCAGAGUGAAACCAGAAACUCCAAACCCACUUUUGCCACUUGCUCAAAGUCAUUAUCUGCAAGUAGCUAAUCCCAGUGCAUUAACUUUCUGGUAAACCAAACGUGUUAAUCAAGAUUUUUUAGUUUGACUUACUGAGUUCUUAGGUUUCUUUUUUUAUAAAACUUACGAACAUUUGAGCAUUGUAAUAUUUUGCAUCCCUUCUAAUAAGUACUAGAUCAUUUUUUCCUAUUUCGAUAGGGGUUUUCUUCUGACAAAUAGCUUUACAUAUUGAACACUCAGCAGAAAUGUACAUUAAAACGUGCAAGUUAGAGAUUUAAGAGAGACAAAAUUUUGAUUUUUGUAGACUUAAGGAUUUAAUUAAUCCCCAAAGUUUUCUUCAGGCUGCCUUGAAACUUUGAGUUCUGUUAAUUUUCUUUUGCUUUUUUGUGUUUUUGUUUGUUUUUACUUUUGCAUUUAAGACCAAUUAAAUUUGAUUUGGUUUUGCUCAAAUUUUGUUUUGGUUUGUUAUUUUAAUUUUCCCCCCACUCCAUAUUGCACAGUGUACAACAUGGAAAAGAUACAGCAGUCCUUUUCCCAAUAGGAUUGAUUUGGUGUUUCAAUAUAACAUUGCGGUCACCUUACCAGAAUGAAGCCAGGCUUACAUACACAAAGCAUUUGUGCAAUGCUUGAGGUUUUGCAGUCGGAGGGUUCAUUAUCAGCUGUGAAGGGGCUUUGUACUUUAAACUGGCUUUUCAGCAACGUGUAUAGUUGCUGUAUAGUUCAGGCAGCAGUUUUUUUGCUUGAGGGGAAAUCUGUUCCAGUCCUAGCAUUUGAAUAGGAUUUGAAGCCUGCCGUGCAUCACAUUUGGUAGGCCAUCUUGUAUGAGCUCUGCCAGGUCUCACCUUCCAGGGCCCUGCCAUGGCUGUGCCUCCCAGCUCAUCUUGGCAGUUGCUGAGCACCGUGCCAGGCCUAUGUGGGCUCUGCUGGUCCCCAGCUCAGCCCCUGAUCCAAGUCUUCCCUGGCUCUGAGGCUUCAAGCAACACCCUGAUGGCCAAAGGGCCGUGUGCCCUUCAAGGAUAUCUGCAGGCAGCCUCUCCCCCAGUGCCUGUACAGUUGUUUAGAUCUCCCUACCAGCAGAAAGAGAUCCUGAAGGCUUUCCAGGAUCCAUCCAGACCUGCAAGCUGUCGUCCUUCACAUCUGAUGCUCGUCGGAGCCAAAACUUCCAUUUCUGUUGACUGCUGCUGCUUUUGCAGCCUUGUGUUUUGCAUUUUUGAAGAAGGAAGAAAAAAGUUCUAAAUAUCCGUGUCUCAGCAGAGCUCUUCCUUUGCAGUGCGAAGGCAGCCUCCAGAUACUAACCCUUCUCCUUUCAUCCAUCCAACAGUAGGACGCUGAGCGUUGCUCCAAAUAGCAGUCCAGCUGUCAUGCUCCUACUGCACCAUUAAGGACUUGGGAGGUUUUCUCUUAGCCAGGUAUUGUUUCUUGGGUUCAGGAUCUGGAUUGCAUUUCUUGAAUUUUUCUGGUAAGCACUGCUUCUGUGAAGUGCACAGAUCCUCUUCCUUGGGAUAAAUAUUAUCCUUGUGAAUCAUCUUUGAUAAUUUCUAGCAGCCAUUCACCAAAUCAAACUUAUUAAAGUUUCACUUUUUUCCUUGCAUAUAACCAGAUGGAUGAGUUUGGAGAACAUUUUCAGUGGACCUUUCUGCUGGUUUAGGGUUUUGUGUGUGUGUGUGUGUGUGUGUGUGUGUGUGUGUGUGUGUGUGUUUAACUAGCAUGUACUUCUUACGCUUAUGCCCCAAUACAUCAGUCUCUGUUAACUGAUCUGGAACAGCACUUGAGUGUUCCUUCUUGAGCUUGGUGCCCUUCUUUGAUUCCCAUGCCAUAUUCUGAACAUUUGUGUUUUGAUUAGCCAAUUUUUUGUCCAGAAAUCUUUUCAGGUUUUCGGAACUGAGAUCUGGGGGCUUUCACUUGGUAUCCCAGUCACUGGGGAUCUAGCCAGACCAAUGGGGCACAGUCUCCAAAUAACUCAUGGCAAGGCCCUGUGGGGCUGAAGAUGAUGGACUCUGCCCUGAGGCUAGUUCGCAGUCCUUUGAGUGAUGAUCAGAGCCAUGUUUUGCUUGCUGUGCAGAGUGUUUCCUCAGCAAUUAUAUUUUUCUUACAUCCUUUGGAGCCUUAAGUACCUUUGUGACAUCUCUUUGAUCGCCUUCAUUUGUCUUUUAGUAGCUUUCUGUGGGAUGACCUCUGCGGUCAUCCUCUGCGGGCAUGGUGAGUGUGACAGGAAUUGCCUAGUCAGCUCUGCUCCUGCUCCCCAUGUGCCCAGUUGGCUUUCAGAGAAGGCCUCUUGGGGCUGGUCAUCUUUGGGCUCCUGCCCAUCAGUCUCUGCAAAGGAUGCAGGAGAGGACUGCUAGGGUAGCUAGUCAGUAGCUUGGCUUUGGCUGUCAGGGGCCUCCACGUGUGGUGUGGUUUAGGCCUCUCACAGCUUCUCUAUAUGCCCAUCAGCCCUAGCCCCAUAAAUGUCUUUUCUGAAGCCCCACCCUCACCCCCAAUCGUGACUGGUUACUGAUUGCUGUCUUUGCUCAUUCAACUCUGCUCAGCCUGCAUUUGGGCCUCUUACAGUUCUUGGGAAAUUGCUCAGCUCUUGAACUUGGCAACCUCCAAGAAAUGUUGCUGGGAGCUCCAGAUAAUAACAUGUUUUGUGACAAAACUGCCUUGAAAAUCCCUUUCAGAAUCUGAUAUGACUGACCAUCUCAUCAGGAGUCAAAAGUCAUAAGCAAUCAUGGCACAGGAUGCUGUUAAUCUAUGGUCACUCCCUAGAUGCAAUUAUUUUUGCUAUAUUCUUAUUAGAUUGGUAACUUCUGAUUUUUUAAAACAGUCUUUAAUAAAAUUCAGUAUUUGGGAAAAAAAUUAAGUCAUUUGCAAAAGCUGCAGCUAAAGGUUAAGAUUCUCUUUGAACUAAAGAUGGGGUUCCCUCUUGGGCAGACAAACAGGCCCAGCUCCUAUGUCCCUGAACUAAUUUCAUAUUAACUUAUUACACAGUCCAGGAAAAUGUAAAUGGUUAGAUAUGUAUGUGUAGUACGUGGAGGCUUCAUCCUCUGAUAUGUUAUUGUUUGCUCCACAAGUUCUUAGAUAUUUGUUCCUAUACUGUGUAUCUCCUGGAACAGUUUUUACUGCCUUUGAAGUACUGAAGCAUUUUUACCCAUGAAAUUCUGUGAGAAAACUGCGUUAUUUUAGGGUCCAGGCUGGAGAUGUUUGACCUGUCAACCUUACAUGACCAUAUAAUUUCUGGUUGGCUGGGAAGCAUGAGCCGUUGUGUUCCAAAUUUCCAUACAAUCCAAUUAAUUGGAUUUUGUGAUGCCCAACCAAGAUGCUAGCAGAGAAAGUAAAUUCAUAUGACUGAAAUACUUCUCCCAGUGGGCAACCAGUGUGUGGUAGCCUUUUGCAUAAACUCAAGUUAACCUUAUGUCUUGGAUAAUUUACCUUUUUGAUGACUUGCAAAUGUGUGACUUCCUUAACAGAUACAACUGUGGGAAUGCUUAAUGUAAUUAGGUUUGCAAAUCAUCUCAACCCUUUUUGAGAAGAAAAGAAAAGACAACAAGUGGCUGUGUUUUAUAGAAACCUGCUAACAGUCCAGCACAAAGUAAAGGCCAAUGUUCUCCUUCCCUAGUUGAGUGAAUGCCAAAAUUUCUGACUGUUAGCAUUUGACAUUCACAUGCCCUUUUCUCUUGUAUUAGCCAUUAAUAGUUUUCCAUUGUUAGACCAGCAAGAUGUGGGGGUAGGGGGCAUUCUCCUGUCCUCUUGCAGCCCAUUUUUCACAAUGUUGUAGAUAAGGUUAAGUUUUUCACAGUUCCUGUAAUCACAUGUCCUCAUAUCCUUGGAUUUCCCCAAUUAAUAUAUUCAUUCAACCCUUAAAAAUGAUGGGUAUUAAAGCUUUCUGAUGAACUUAAGUCCAAGUGGCUUUGUAUUUGCUGGAAACCAUUUUGUGAUGUAUUAUUAUAAGAGGAAUGAUUGACAGUGAUUUCAUGCUUCCUAUGAAUAAUGGGUGUGUUUUCAUAAGGCCGCCAGUAGGUGAGCACAUUGGUUCCCACAGCCGAGGAAGCAUGUUUAAAAAAGACUGCACCUUAGUUCCCCAGUCAUCACGAUGGAGGAGAAGUUCUUGAAUAAGCAAAUCCAUUUUGACUAAAGAGACAAGAUUUGCCUUCGGGAUGCUGCCCGUGAGCCUUGCACAUGCAGUGCCGAGCAUUCUUUGGGUGCACGUGGUGGCAGGAGCUGCUUGCCUGCUCUUCCAUGAGGGCAGCUGCCCCAAAGCCCCUCGCAGCCCCCCCAGCAGUCCCACCAAGGGAAUCUGCGUGAAAAACGGAGCAUGCUGCCUAGGUGCAGGGACUCUGCUACGGACGGGUCUCCUUUCCCUGCCCCGGCAUUAUGGAAAUCCAUGGGGUUUGUGAUCUGCCUCUACCCAGUGUGUUCUCCUUCCUUUAAAAAUGGCAACACACGCUUGCCGUAAUGCAGAGUUUUAAGAAAAUCAUUGACACUUGCAGUUCAUGAAACAUGCCUUGCCUUUCUUAGUUUAAAAUCAGGUCCAUGUUAUCUGCUCUUUUUUAUUUGUAGCCUUCACACAUAGCGUGAUAAUCCAUUUUCAAAACGGAGCAAAGCUGCAUAUUUUCCCCAGUGCAUGAACUUAGAAACAAAGGGAAAAGCAAGACAAUUGGGACGAUGCCCACAUGACAAGCCCCUCGUCAUGCAGUGGUGAUCCACCUUUGGUGCUGGCUACCUUCCAUGAGCCCGACUGCCUUGUCCAAUUCCAUGCCACUAACAGCUUUCACACUUAGGUUUACUGGACAUUUCUGUUUGUUUGGUUUUUGGUUUGUUUUGUUUCUGUUGGAUGGGCGUUCUGCUCUUUGAUACUAAUCCUCUCCCGCUGGCCAAGCUGAUGGUAUCCCCCCCCCCCCGACUCCUUUAACCCUUGCUUAUUUGUGUUCGCAUUUCUGAAGAAAGGUAACUCUCCUCACAAAUGCUUUGGUUUUUCUAUGGUUUUAAGAAAUGGUUUCACUAUACAAGCAGCUUUUUCCACAAGAUCAUUUAAGAAGAUAACAGAGAAAAGAUGUUCAAAUUGAGACACACCUUUUAUUUGACCCAUAAUUUGAAGUAGCUCUUGUACAUUUUGGCAGGUGGCCACCUGCAAGUUGUGCUUUUGCGGUUAAGUUCAGUGGGCUGCAAAUGGCACCUCUGGUCUGACUCAGCUUCCCUUUUAACUGGUGUAACUUUUUUCUUUUCUCUUACUUUUAUUUUUAUAAAGUCAUCUGUGUGUGCAGCAGAAGGCUUUUAUCGGUUUUCCCCCUAUACUGUACAGUAUAUAUGCUUAAGACAUUUUUUGUAUAUUUAGCGUGUUUUUAAGUUAUUGAUUUUGUUUUAUAUCAAAAUAAUUUAUUUUUCAGGUACCACUUUUUCAUUUAAACUUUGUUUUUAACAUGGGUUUACUUUAAAUAAAGUAUGACGCUGCUAUCCAGAUGUCUACAUCGCAGUUGAA